AUGUCAAAUAUCGAGUUGGUUUAUUUUAUUGGAUAUGUAGAUGAGUGGUCUGAACCAGAGAUGACCAAAACGAAGAUGGGAAAAGAUAGCAAAUACAUGAACUUGCAAUUGCUGGAUGAAGAGGGUAUCAAGUUAAACUGCACUUUAUGGGAUGAGUAUUGCGAUGAGAUGUUUGGUUAUAUUCAGAGUCAUAAAGAAGAAGUUCAUGUUGUUCUGCUUGUGCAGUUUGGUAGUUUCAACAAGUAUAAAGGGAAGACGACGCUAUCUAAUGCUUUCCAUAUAACAAGGCUGUUUAUCAAUGCUGACAUAGAGGAGAUUCGUUCAUUUAGAACAAAGUUUGUUGAGAAGAUAUGUAAAACAUCUUCUAAUGGUCAGAAAUCAAUUGGUUCAUCUGGAAGUAUAAGCGUUGCAGAUGACUUUUUAGUGAAGCAUCCGUUUUCCUAUUUUCGUGAUAUUACGCUCUUGGAUAAGCCUUGUGAGGUCAUAGUUCUUGGUACGAUCAUGGGUGUGGAUGAUAAAGAUGAUUGGUACUACCUUGGUUGUGAGGAGUGCACUCGGAAGGUUGAGACAACUAUGGUCAUUGAGGAUGCUGAAGACGGUGCUGAAGAACCGAAUUUUAGGAUUCCAAUAAGAGUACAAGAUUAUGCAGUUAUUGCCUCUUUGACUUUGUUCGACCGUGAAGCUAGAAAAAUGUUGGGUAUGACAGCAAUUCAAUUGCUUGAGAAGUGUAAAGUGGAUCAGGCAUCUUUGGAAGAGAAAACCAUUCCCUAUCAGUUUAAAUCUUUGAAUGAUAAGAAGUUUGCCUUCAAGAUUCAAAUUAGUCAAUUCAAUAUUGACAACCAUAUUGAUGGUUAUGUUGUUCAUAAGUUGGUGAAUGAUGCAGCAAUCAUUGAGUCCUUGGAGAGCCGAAUUCCAGCUGAUCAGGGUGUGGACGAGGCGGCUGCUGAUGUUUCACUUAGUGAUAUGUCAACUGGAAACCCUUUUGCUCUAAAGGAUGCUGUGGAUUCUAUUGGUGAUAGCUUCACACCCGAUUGCACAUCUAAAGAUUGUUCUAAAACUUCGUCUUCGGAAUUGAAACGUAACCUUGCUAACGUGUAUGAAGUUGAAGAAAGCACAUCUCUAUCAUCAACAAAGGUUAAAAAGGCUAGUGUCUCGGAUGUUCAGGUUGAUGAUGAAACGAUUUUGCUGGAUAUGCCGAAGCGUGCAAAACGUCAACCUUUACCUUCAUUUCCACUUCCUAUUGGUGUUGAACCUUCCAAUAGUGCUGUUGGUAGAAGACCUUUGUCUAACAUUACGAAUUUUGAUCCUAAUCAAGUUGAGCAUCAAGACUAUGCUGAACGUAGAAAGUUAAGGAAAUUGUAUUUGGACAAUAAAAGAAGAAAUGCAAAUAAUAAAUCGUCCACUUCACAAAACCCCAUUCGUUCAUCCAACGUUUCAUCAUCCGAUACAAAUUUUCUUAUAAUGAUGUUGAGAAUAAAAAAAUCAGCUGAACGAAGAAGAUUAAAGAAACUACAUGAAGAUAAUAAGAGACAUAAUGUGACCAACAAGUUAAACACAACAGAAAACGUAAUUCGAUCAUCCAAUGUUUUUUCAUCCGAUACAAAUGAUUGCCGUGUUGUAACACCAAUUCCUUCAUCAUCUUAUAUCAAUACUAUUGAUCGGCGUAUCUUGCCAACCACACCUUUAACAAAUCCGUACGAGGCAUAUACAUCAGUUGAAGCUGAAAGAAGUCCAUUGGUUAAUAUUACAAACGUUGCUAUUAAUGAUCUUGAGCAUCAACAAUCAGCUGAACGAAGAAAAUAUAGGAAAUUACGUUUGGAUAAUAAGAGAAAUAAUUUGAGUAACCAAUCUUCUAUUUCAAAAGAUGUUACUCGGUCAUUCAAUGUUUCUGCAUCCCAUACAAAUGAAUGCCGGAUCGUAACACCAAUGCGUUCAUUCUCUUAUAUCAAUACCUUCGAUCCACGUUUUGAUUCAACCACACCUUUAACAAAUCUGUCUGAAGCAUCUACUUCAGGUGUAAAUAGGAAACAAAGAGGUAAACAAAGGUUUUCUACUAAUCAGGGUAGAAACGUAUAUCCUAUUCCAAUGCUUGAUUUAUCUUCUGACGAUCAUAUUAUUCCUCAACAAUUAGUUGAAGAUCCAUACAAAGGAGUUUCUAACAAUUAUUUGGAUCAUGGUGAUCAAGUAGUUGUAUGCGACAUAUGUAAUGCUAAGUUGUGGAAAGUUGAGGUCGGAAAAGGAAAGCUUUACUCAGGAAGAACAACUUAUAUGCUUUGUUGUGCUUAUGGAAAAGUACAUCUUCCUAAUUUUAAAGAGACGUGUCUGGAAUAUCAAAGUCUUUUUAAGAGUUUAGACGAAAGGAGCAAGCAUUUCUUACUGAAUAUUCGUCGUUUUAAUUCUAUGUUUUCGUUCACUUCAAUGGGUGGUAAAGUUGAUUCGAAAAUCAAUAGAGGAAAUGCUCCGUAUGUAUACCGAAUUAGUGGCGAGAAUUAUCAUACACUGGGAAGCCUUCUUCCUAAAGAAGGUGGUGAACCAAAGUUUGCGCAGCUUUACAUAUACGACACAGAUAAUGAAGUCUGUAAUCACAAAACCGUAUUUAGUAACUCAAACAAACCAGCUUCCGCAACUUCUAAUAUGCUUGACACUGAACUGAUAGAGUACCUUAAGGUGAUUUUAGAUUCAAAUAAUGAGCUGGUGAAAACAUAUAGACGUGUACGAGAUCGGUUUGUUGAUAAUCCUCAAGUUGACUUAAAAUUAAGGCUUAAGGCAAAUAGGUCUAAAGAUGGUCGUACAUACAACCUACCGACGUCGUCCGAAGUUGCUGCGCUUAUUGUUGGAAACAUUGAGGAAGCUCUUGAUAAUCGUGAUGUAGUUGUUGAGUCAAAGAAAGAUGGUCUACAACGUAUUAGCGAGCUUCAUCCUUCUUAUCUCGCGCUUCAGUAUCCAUUGCUUUUCCCCUUUGGUGAAGAUGGUUACCGGAUUAAUAUUCUUCAUAGAGAAGGAAGGGCAUCAACGAAGUAG